AUGGAACGCAGAUCAAGCAUUGCUCUAAAGAGAAAGAGCUUUGAUGCAGUUGACAGUACAUUAGCAACUUACUCUGCCAUCUCAUCUGCGAUUGAAGAAUCAUUCAAGGCAGCAUCCAGUGCCAUCUUGGAAAAAGAUGAACUAAUUAAUGAUUACAAAGAAAAAUUGCCUGAUGUCCAUGAAAUUGCUAAACGUUCAUCCAGAUUGGUACAUUAUUUGGAUAAUUCUGAUGACUCAUUACACUCCAAUUACACCAGCUAUGUCAAAAAGCUGGCUCAGGAAGAGAAACAGUGGAAAAGUUUAGUGGCAGAACUGGGUGAACAAAUUUCAAACAUAGAAACUACGUAUCCAAAUAUAGAAUCUCUACCUACUCCUGGACCUGAAAAUACAUCUAAAAAGAAUCUGGCAAUCUUAAAAAAGAAGUUGUGUAUUGAUAAAUUGAGAUUGCAAUUAGAUGCAGAUGAUAACAGUUUGAUGGAAUGUCUAGUACCAAGUAUAGAAAGAGUUAAAGAGUUGAUCAGUAAGAAUAAAAAAUGUUUGUCCAAUAAGGCAAAGUUGUUGAACUCAACUUAUAUCAUUGACACAAAAAUUGUAUUGUCUCGCAUAUUUUAA